AUGACUAUUCGAACUAUCUGCUCAAAGGGCAUCUACCACGGUCUCCCCGUCUUUCCGGACGAUGUGGAAGGACUUACGGCUAUUGUCACCGGAGCAAAUGGCAUUUCCGGCACGCAUAUGCUUCGCGUGCUAUGCGAAUCGCCCAAACGAUGGAAGAAAGUCUACGCCGUCUGUCGUAGACCACCGCAUGGAGAAUGGCCAAGUCAAGUCGAACAUGUUUCAAUGGAUCUACUGCAGGCACCGGAAAAGAUCGCAGAGAAGAUGCACGAGCGAGGAGUUAAAGCUGACUGCGCGUUCUUUUUUGCUUAUAUCCAGCCGAAGCCGAAAGAGGGUGAGAGCAUUUGGAGUGCUGUUAAUGAGCUUGUUAAUGUUAACACCGCCCUAUUGAGGAACUUCCUUGAGGGACUGGCAAUAUCCAAGUCUGUUCCUCGGAGGGUCCUACUCCAACUAGGAGCGAAGUACUAUGGCGUACAUCUAGGCCCCUCUGCAGUACCCCAAGAAGAAUCCGAUGAGCGCGUGCAUCUGGAAUCGAACUUCUAUUAUCCCCAAGAAGACUAUCUGCGCGACUUCUCUCAAAAACAUGGUAUCGGAUGGAACAUUACCCGUCCUUCUUGGGUUCCUGGCGCUGUUCCUGACGCAGCAAUGAAUCUAUGUCUCCCCCUUGUCAUAUAUGCCACGGUGCAAAAGCACCUUGGAAAGUCACUGGAGUUCCAUUCGGAUCUAAACGCCUGGGAAGCCAACCAGACUUUAUCCACUGCACAGUUAAACUGCUAUCUCGCAGAAUGGGCAGUUCUGGAACGCCACGCCAAGAACGAGAGCUUCAACGCCUCCGACGACUGUCCGUUCACCUGGGGCAAGUUCUGGCCCAGACUGGCAGAACGUUUCCAGAUGCCAUGGACUGGGCCAUCCAUCAAUCCGUCUGUGUUCAAGGAACAAGAGACACCGUACAACCCUCCACCACGCGGAUUCGGACCCCCGGCCAAGCUGCGAUAUCGAUUUACCUUGACGGAAUGGGCUAAGAAGCCGGAGGUCCAGCGGGCGUGGAAGGAACUUGCAGAGAAGCAUCAUCUGCGGGAUAAGUCGUUGGAAGAUGUUGAUAGGAUUUUCGGAUUUGCCGAUGCUGCGUUGGGCAUGUCGUAUCCUAUUCUUUUUAGUACGGCAAAAGCGAAGAAACUCGGAUUCUUUGGAUUUGUCGACAGUGCCGAAUCUGUGUUCAAGGUAUUUCAGGAGUUUGUGGAUUUGAAGAUGAUCCCUCCUCUUCCUUAA